CUAGCUGGCGCGGCCUCGCCUCCCCUCGGAAGAGGAAACUCCCGGGCCCGAGUAACGGGAACGAGCGCGGAGGAGAGCAGCGGGGGAGCCCGGUGUCAGGAGGGCUGCCCAGGGUAGGAGGCGGGCCGGGCGGGCCAGAAGCUGGCCGUGGGCAGCGCGCCGGGGCGCUGGGUGGGGAGGGCCGCCCGGCCAGACGCUGCGCGCUGCCGGCGCAGGGCGCGGCCCGGUGCUUGGGAGCCGAGGGCGGGCCGCAGCUGGAAAGAGAACUUGAGCUGGGAGAGGAGGCCGAGCUGGAAGGCGGCUUCCCCCAGCCCUGCGAGGGGGGAGCCGCCGCGAAGGCUAAGGAGACCGGGACAGCGGAGCUGUUGGGGUGCUGCGCGCAUGCUGGGACGGGGGCACCGCCGGGGCUGGCGCCCGGCAUGUCGGUACAUUACACCCUCAACCUGCGCGUCUUCUGGCCGCUGGUGACCGGCCUGUGCACUGCCUUCGUGUGCCUAUACCAUGUCCUGCGAGGGAGUGGAGGCGCCCGGGCCGAGCCCCCCGACGGCGCGGACGGUGGCUUUCCGCUGCUCAAGAUAUCUGUCCUGCUCCUCCUUGGCUACAUCCUCCUCCGCUGUCGCCACGCUGUCCGGCAGCGUUUCCUGCCCGGGUCUCCCCGCCUGGGGGGCCACUCCACCUUCUCUCCAAGACACUUCCAAGAGCCCAGCCUCGACAUCUUGCUGGAGAGUUACUACGAGCAUGAGGUGCGCCUGUCACCGCACGUGCUGGGCCACAGCAAGGCACACGUGAGCCGGAUCGUGGGCGAGCUGGUGCGGGCUGGCCGCGCUCGGGGGUCCCCAGGCCCUAUUCCUGGGCGGACACUGGCCUUGGCCUUCCGCGGAGACUUCAUCCAGGUGGGCAGCGCCUAUGAGCAGCAUAAAAUCCGCCGGCCAGACGCCUUCGACGUUCUGGUGCCGUUGCGCCUGCCGCCGCUGGUGGCGCUGGAACCGCGGAGCCUGGGCGCGCAGCCCGCUUUGGCCCCAGCCUUUCAUGGCUGCUUCGUGUGCGCACUCAAGGCGCCGCCGGGGGCCUCUGGGGGUCACUGGCUCCGGGACUGCAAACCCUUCGCAGAGGGCUUCUGUGUGGACGUGCGCGGGCGGCGCCACCUCUCGGCCACCCUGGUGCUGCGCUGGUUCCAGUCGCAUCUGCAGCGAUCCCUGGCCACCGUGCGCUACAGCCUGGAGGAGCGCUGCCGGGUCACCCUGACUCCGGGUGGCCUGGAGCAACCUCCCACCCUGCACAUCCUGCCCUGCCGCACCGAUUAUGGCUGCUGCAGACUUUCCAUGGCCGUGCGACUCAUUCCCGCCGUCCAUUUGGGCGAUGGUGUCUUCCUCGUGGCUCCACCACCGCCAUCCUCACCCGUUGGGCCCCUGUCGGAGCUCCCGGAAGGCCUGCGUGCAGAUGCGCUUUGGGGCGUGAACACAGCCCGCCAGGAGCAGAAGCUGCUGGGCUGGCUGCAGGAACGGGCCCCUCCAGGUGCCUGCUACCUCAAGUGCCUGCAGUUGCUUAAAGCCCUCCGAGACCUGGGCGCCCGCGGGCUGGACCCAAGGGCUGCCACCCAGUGGGGACGCAUCCUGUCCUCAUACGUGCUCAAGACAGUGCUGCUGGCGGUGCUGCUGUACGAGAGGGCGCCGGAGCAAGGCUGGGAUGAGGCUCACCUGGGCAAGCGCAUGGACCAGUUAGUUCGGUUUCUUAGGGACUGUCUGUUGGGGCGCCAGACACUCUUCCACUGUGUCCUGGGCCCUGGCGGGGCAGCAGCUGAAGUGGGCCCACUGCCCAAGGUACUUCGUGAAGCCGCCCCAGUUGACCUCCUGGCUGCUUUCGAUGGUCACGCCCGGGAACUCGUGGCUGCACGGUUGCUGUCCACAUGGCGAAGGCUGCCCCAGCUUCUGCGGGCCUAUGGGGGUCCCCGCUACCUUGCCAGGUGCUCUCCACCCCGGAGUCAGCGCCCCCAGCACACCCAGGGCUUCCCCAAAGAUGAACCAUAAACCCUGACAGUGCCCCUACCUGGCCUAAUGCUCCUAAAGCCUCUCCCACCAGGUGGGGGUGGGGAUGGCCAUGAAGCCAGUUCAACUCCAGAAAGAUGAGCUGCAGAAGGUGUUGGAAAAUUCGGAGGAUGACAUUUGGUGGCUUAAAUGACACCCUUGGGUCCACAAUCCACUAUAGUUAUGGCAACUUCUUCACACCCACCAGAGUGUCCUAGGCAGGCUCCAGAAAAACAUCCAACAGCAGCAGCUAAGAGUUGGUCCAAAUGUUCGUUUGUGUGGAAUGAUUCUGUGGAAGGAUCUGCAGAUUUUAGGAAGGCCCAGUGAAGAAAGAGAGAACUAGCAGCAGGGAAAGUUCCCUCUGUUGGUUUUUGUGUCACAGAUCUCUCUGGCCCUCAAAUUUAAAGAAGUUGUUAUUAUUAUUAUUUUUUGUCAUGACUACUUGCUAGGUCUUGGGUUCCUGAUUGAUUGUUUAAAAAACAUAAAUAUCUACGCCUGGAAUUGAAGUUCUAGUCUAGGGGCUACUGUUCUGAGGAACGUAGUUUCCACUCUUCAAAUGAACAUUAAUGUAUUUUUUAAAUGAUGCAAUCAUUAGUGUUUGAUGGGAUUGUGAAGAAGUGAGUCACAGGUUGAGAGGCAGUCAAGAAUUGAUUAGAGAAACUUCCAGAGCAAAUAGCACUUUAUUUUGAUCAAUUCUUUUGUUUUGUGGUAAUCGCUAGUGCCAAGUGUUGCAUCUGAAAGGGAGACUAGCUACAUUUACUAUUAGGAAAGGUGCAGUCUUGAAAAGCUGGCUUGCUUUAUUUACAUCCCUCCAGGCACAUGCCAGAAUGUGUACCAGCCAUCACCCAUUCAUUGAGCCCAUGCUGUGAUCCAGGCAAAGUAGCAUCAAAGUGGUGAGGGUGGAAAACAAGUUGGGUCUCGAGAAAGAUGUAUUUUAGUCUUUGCUUAUCAAGGAGUCUCACUGGAACUUGCUGCUGGCUGGAGACAAAAACCUUUUUUUAAGGCUUUUAAGCAAACUCCUUUGCAUGAAGUUUCUUUCGGAGUUUAAUGAGGUCAUGAAGAGGAAAUGCCUACUGGAGUGCCUACCUUGUAGUUAGUGCUCUCGGUGCUCAGUAAUGGUUAGUGGUUGAAAGUUAUUCUCCCAUUGCCCAAGCUGCCUCUAAGUGGUCCUGAGGCAACUUUGAAGAGCGGUUGUCAGCACAGGUCUUGCAAAGCAUUUCAUUAUGUAUAGUUCAGUAUCUGGGGUUCUGUAUUUGAAGAUCCACGACUCCCUGGUCAAUCAGCAGAGGAGAAAUACAGAAGAGAGCCUGAGGAGAUGGGUGGAGAUGAAGGGAGAUGGCCCUUGUCAGCUUUUUUUCCCCUCCACACCCCCGUUGGACAGAAAUAUCACCAGGUUGGGUGUGUCUUGCAACCAGGAGGAGCUCCUUCUGAAAUCCCUCUUUGUCCUCCCAAAUUUCUAACAGCCCACAAUUCCAAGUUUAAAAUGGUCCAUCCUAUGCUCUCCUACUAGAAACUGCAGCCCGUCCCAGUGUUAUACUUUGGCAUUUUUUAAUUUUUUUUUAAACAAAGACAUGUACUCUCUUAGGCUCUUAAAGGGUGAAACUUGGGAGACAGAAAUAGCCACCUGAAUAGGGCCAUUGUUUAAAUAUAUUUUAUUGAUUUUUUACAGAGAGGAAGGGAGAGGGAUAGAGAGCCAGAAACAUCUAUGAGAGAGAAACAUCCACCAGCUGCCUCCUGCACACCCCCUACUGGGGAUGUGCCCGCAACCAGUGUACAUGCCCUUGACCGGAAUCGAACCUGGGACCUUUCAGUCCGCAGACCGACGCUCUAUCCACUGAGCCAAACCGGUUUUGGCAAGGGCCAUUGUUUAAUUCCUGAGUUAUUUUGAGGGAACUCUAAACUUUCUUUAAGGGACCUAGUUAGCCACUGCAGGAAAUCAUUGUGAAUAAAUUAUUUAUAGGAAAUCCUCAUCAGAACUGCAGAGACUUAUAUCCUUUGCAGCCUUGGACUGUAAGAGAAACAGUUGCAGAUGUUCUGCUUUCUCCUUGAGGUUGUUUUGGGGAGAGUUCCCCUUGAAACCACAAAGGUCAUUCCUAGCUUUUGAGGUCAGUGUUAGGUUAUAAGGUACUGCAUUUAGCAAAGGGGUCAUUCUAUCAACUUUCUGCAAAGAUAUAAACUGUCCAGUGUUCAGUUUCCCCUGUAGUCAUUUAAGUCUACUGGAGUGGGGGACAUUGAGGCUCUGGAGGGGUUAUAAAGCUUUAAAAGCUGAAUUUUCCAAAUAUUUCUAGCUAAGUUGAUAGGUUCCUUUUUUAUCUUAGUAGUGUUUUGAAGUUUAAGUCUGGUAACAUACUGUUCUUGUAGUUUUUGUUUUUUUUUCUUCAGGUUAAUUACCCAAAGCCUCAUCCAUCCUCAAGAUUUUAAAUUUUUAUUAUUUUUUUAAAUUAAUGGGCAUUGUGUUUGUUAAUUUUUUUUUAAUAUUAAUGUUUUAUUUAAAUGCCAUGCUGAGCAAUUGUUCUCUGGACAUGGUAACCAAAACUUAAGAGUUUUCGAUCGAUUUUGAUCAAUGUUUAGUAAUCCCAAACAUGUACUGUGUACAAAUGAAAUAAUAUGGCAUAUUAGCCAGCUGUGAUGGUUGCCCAAGGCACUUAAAUUAAGCUCAGUUCUGUAUUUUAUUAGGGCUCCGUCAUGAUCUUGAUCAGAAAAGUACACAUUUUUGGUGUAUACCUGGUACUGGAGAUUCAUAUUUGCAAAUAUUCUUAUACAGGAAGGCUCAGAAUUGCUCAUGUUAAAAAAAAAAAAAUUAAUUGUCCAGCCAGUGCCCAAAGAAAAUGUUUGGAGAAAAUGACUCAGCCAUUUUGCCACGAGACACCCUUCAGUAACUCUACUGAGCAGUCUGGGCGCCAUCCUAGAAUGCUCCAGGGCUGAGAGUAGGAGGUGGGGUUUGCAAAAUGAAACUGAAGUGAAAGAAGGGAGAAUGUGAGUGAACCAAGAGAAAUCUGAAGGACUCGGGAAGUAGGAUCUAAGAUGGAAAUGAAAGGAAGGAGAGAUGGGGUGGAAAUCAUGAGGGUGGGAGAGAGGUUUGGGUUAGGAAACAUAUUUUUAGGUAUGUGCUAUAUCAAAAUCAGGGGUCACAAACUCAGCAGUCUGCAGAAGCAAGGUAGAGAAAGGGUGGGUGGGCAGUGGGGACCCCCUGUCUUAAGGGGAAACAGCCAUUACUCGGCUCCAUGCAGGGGAAAGGAGUAGAGAAGGGCUGGAAAUCAGGAUUUUUUUAAAAGUGAAAUUUUCUGAUUUUUAAACUAAGUCAUUUUUAAAUUUCCAAAUUACCGUGUGGGCCAAACAAAACUUGGUUAAGUCUGCAGGCCACCAGUUUACGACCCCUGACUUAUACAGUUAACCCCCCAAGUAUGUAUAAGGUUAUAUUUAUUGUUAUGGAUAUGAUGUUGUUAUACUUAGUUGGGGGAGUGAUAUCUCAGUAUUCUUUAUCUCUCAGAGCUAAGCUUUAUUGUAGAAACAAACCAAAAAUAUUAACAUGGCCACAGAUGACACUUAACUCACAAUUCCCAGAAGGACCCUCUCUCCUGGAGCUGUUCUUUGUAGCCAGAUCCUCCAGCAAACCACGGGGCCGGUUCUUGGCAUUUCCUUCCUGGUGAGUCCAGGCUAAACUCCUAGGCUGUGUUGGAGUUUGAAGAUGAGUCAUCAGGAAGGAUUGCAGAAUAACUUGUUUCUUUUUUAUUUGCAUUUUAUUCUUAUUUUAAAAUAUUAUUAUUAUUAUUAUUAUUGUUAUUAUUUUUUAUUUUUUUAGUAGUGUCCUUGCCUGUGCCUUAGCAAGGAUAGCUGGUGGCCUUGAACACCAGAAAAACAGUGGUGGGUCUUUGGACCAAGCUUCUUAGUUACGCUUGUUACCAUUCCCAUUGCCAAGAACACUGUCCUGAUCAGAUGUGUCUAUCCCUUUCUGACUCAGUGGCUCCCACCAAAAUUAACACCCUGAAGGAAUGAACCUAACAGCUUCCAGAGCGUCUCUUUUAUCCUCAUGGAGUAAGUCACUUUUUCUCUAAAAUGUGGCUUUUGACCUUGAUGCUGAAGGUUUAAUUUUCCCCACCCACCCAUGAAGAGGAAAAAAUUGUUUCCCAGUGGUGGAAAAAAUGAAUCUCAUUAACAUUUCCAGUGUCCCUUGAGAGGGAAAGAAGUUUAGUGUUAUCAUGUGGCAUUUGUUAAUUUCUUUAAAAUCUCAUGUCUGUUACUAAGACACUACUGUUUAUUUUUCUAUACCUACACAGCACAUGAUUUGGUGGGGAUAAAGCAAGUAUAAAUUGGGAGCAGGUGAAGAUACAUGUGAUCAUGUGUACAGAGAGAAUAGACUAAAAUGUGCAGCUAAAUUAUAUGUAAUCUGGUUUUUGAAGUAUCAGAUAUUCAGGAAUAUUUUGAGCAUCUUUUGCUUUAAAAAAAAAAAAGUGCCUUGAUUUAGUCACUUGACUUUAAACAUUCCUCUUAUUUUAUUGUGAUUUUUAAUGUGUGUUCUGACCCCAAACUGUGUAUUAUGAUGCAGUGUGUCAGCUGCAGUCAGAGCAUAUGUUUUGUUCCAAUAACAGAGACUAAAGAGUUAAUAAAUAUGGUUCAGCUGCUACAGUUGUGUGAUUAAAAGGCGUUUUAAUCACACCAAGUUUCUAUGGCCCAAAUAGCUGAGGCCUGCCAUUUGUUUUCUGUUUCAUGUUGGAGUAAAUUUGCACUUUUAACCACAUGGAUCGUUUGGGGGCCUUGUUCUUUUAUACUUUGCUUUGUUAAUAAAGGAACUUGUAGAAACCU